AUGGCAGCCUCGCGGUUUGGGUCGCCCGUCUGUAUUUCGUCGCCUUCAGCUGUGCAUAAUUUCCAAAGUGAGGCAAUGACAGUCGGUUCGCCACCGCAACAGUCAAAUACUCCAUCUGGUUCCAAAUUUUUGCCUGGAUUUUUAAUGGGUGAUUUUCAUAGCACUCCUUCGGAAAGAUUUCAUGCUUCUUCCUUCACGAAAUCACCUCCCUGCUCUCCUGUUCCGCAGCAUCCUCGCUAUUUACAGGCCCGACUAUCUGGCUUGAAGCCUGUACCAACGCUGGACCGGAGUUCCCGACGACACGCAUCACCACCAACUCAGGGUUUGUGGUCCGCUGCCAGUCAAAAGAAGUUAGUUGAACUAGGAGACAGUCAAAGUUCUGUGGAACCAAUGCCGACAAAGUCGCCAAAGCCAACAUCUUCAGUUUAUCCGCGUUUCGGAACACCGAAAACGGCUUCUCCAUUCGAAAAUACUUCCUCCAAGGAAGGCCUAGUUGAAAAUGAUUGGUCGUUCUUACCUGACGACGAAUCAGCAACAUGGAUAACGGUUUUUGGGUACGCUGUUGUAGACGUCUCUUCAUUUCUGUAUAAUCCGGCUCAGGCUUCUUCUGUAUUACAGCAGUUUUCCCACUUUGGAACCAUUCAGAAGUAUCUUAUUACCAAUGAGGGAAAUUGGAUGCAUAUUAAGUACGCAAACAAGAUCCAUGCCAAGUGUGCGCUUAAUAAAAACGGUCGAGUCUUUCCUGGAAACAUCAUGAUCGGUGUUCGGAGGUGUACGGAUACGGAGGUAAUGAGGAGUGCUGCGGCUGUCGCUCCUUGUAAUUCUAAUCCGAUUGAUGUCUCAAGUCAUGAAAUUUUCAAGUCACCAGCACCGAAGUUCGAAUCUCUAGCUCCAACAGCGGAGCCUCGAAGCAAAACGGCCACAGCGGUUGACUCUCCCCUGCAGCUCAAUCAUAGUUUCAGUGACGCAACAAAGCAAAAUUCUGUAUGCCCCAACCCCGGUCUCUCUCGGCACAGCUCCAUGCGACCGCUGGCAGCCGCUUACCAGCCUCCUCCUAGAGUACAGGUUUCUAGGACAAAUCAAGCCCAGUCAUUUAGGAUGACGAGCCAAUUCACGGAGCAGCAUAUUCAAAAUAUCCCUGGCAUGUAUAUUGGGAUACAAAGCCGACUAACACGAUAUCUGAUGUUGCUUCAAAAAAUUGCAGACCUGUUUCAUAACGGCUUGGACCGGGAACGAUGUGAGUGUGCCUUAAAAAACAUCAAAAGUAUUCUCAAGACAUCAGAGGAAGAAGUGACAAAGAAUGAGAUGAUCAACCACGCGCUGAUGAUAAAUGAAAAACUUGAAGGAAGGAAAAAUCACUUGGACAAGCUAGCCUUGUUUAUUCGGUCAGGGCCAUGCCUGAAAAUUCCUCGGAGGUCCGUUGGAAAAAAGCCUUUAAGUAGACACUUAUUUCUUGUAAGCGCCUUUGUAAAUAAUUUAUGCACUCAUUAUAGAGACGAAAAUGAGAAAUUAAGCUGGUGGAAGAGUUUGGAGGAUACGAUUGAACAGGAGCGCCGUAAGAACGACAUCGUACAGUCAUUUGUCCCACAGCGGCUCAGUGCUUUGGAUUCGAACGGUGGGACCUCAAGGGCGGCUGAAUGGGUCAAGGACGAACAGGCUACGAUGUGCGCCCUCUGCUACCGCAGAUUCACGCACAUCCGACGGAGGCAUCACUGCCGGGCAUGUGGCAAGGUAAGAGACAUAUGCGUCCACAUAUUUUGCCGCCACUGCUCCAGCUACAGUGCAAAGAUUGACCACCUGGGACCUUCCGAGGUUCGCGUGUGCGAAGUGGACUUUUAUCGUCUAAAUCCCAACUUGAAGCCCAAAAAUGCCGCGGCUUUGGAACGCCUUGCGCGAUUUUCAGAAGCGGGUCAGCGUUACGCGCCCUACCACCACAGUUUUCUGAUGUGGACGACGCAGGUGCGCGGGCAGUGGCCACGCAAGAAGUCCCAUCUGCGUGUGGAGUACUCCGCGGGACUUGUUCACCGAGAGGGCAACUCCUCGCGCCAGUAUGGUCACCAUCUGCUGCAUCUGCGCAACUUGUCGCCUGCUUCAUCGUCCUUGACUGGCGCCUCCUCCUCCUCCCCCCCGUCCUCCUCAUCCUCCUCCCCUUUCGUAGCCACCCCACCCCGCCAAUUGACCUUUGAUUUCGCCCCCAUCGAGAAGGCCUCCGACGCGUCGGCCACCACCGUUCCCCUUCCCGCAGCGCGACUCAUCUUUACCCCCAGCAUGUCACGCGUGUUUUGUGUCCUCCAGCCAGACACACUGUUGGCAAUAUUCGCGGCCAAGGAGGACGCGAAGCCAUACAGUCAAGUGGCUCUGCUCGGAACGCGACUAAUCUACUUGGUCAGACUGGGUGUCGAGAAAGGCGACGUCGACCACUCUGACUCCUCAACGCCGUCAAGUCGGUCACUUUCGAGGGCCAGCAGUUCGAGCAGUCUAAAUCUACCCACGCCUACACCUUCCGCUAGACCAUCGUCACCCACUGAACCACCUCUUUCUUCGCGAACAAUUCGGCCGCCUCUGCAAAAAGCCCUAACAGAGGGCGAUGCAGCAACUCAUCAAAACAACCAUUUCGGCCAAAAAACCACACACGCGUCCUUGUUAGCCCCCUCGGAGAGACCAACACAGAAGGCGGAGGUGGAGGGGGAGGAGAAUGGUGAUGGUGGUGGUAGUGGUGAAACGCCGUCAAUCUGCUGGCCCAAGUACUUCAAGCCAGUGUCCGACGAGGCCCUCUCUGUGCUCUCCAACAUGAACGGAUUCCUUGUGUUACCCAGCAACACUGACAAAAUGGGGCACUAUUUCGAGGCGCCUAACGAGGAACUUCGCAAUAUGUGGAUCAAGAAGAUCAAGAGCUGUAUUGUUGAAUUCGGCCGGGGCUGA